GAGGAGCUUCCGGCAGGCCCCGGCGGCUGAAAGCCGGGGCAGAAGUGCUGGUCUGGGUCGGGAUUCCGGGCUCGGUCCCGCCGAGGCGGCGACUGCGGUAGGAGGGAGGAGGUUUUGGACGCGCUGGCUUCCCGCCGCUGUGCAUUGCAGCAUUAUUUCAGUUCAAAAUGAACUAUAUGCCUGGCACCGCCAGCCUCAUCGAGGACAUUGACAAAAAGCACUUGGUUCUGCUUCGAGAUGGAAGGACGCUUAUAGGCUUUUUAAGAAGCAUUGAUCAAUUUGCAAACUUAGUGCUACAUCAGACUGUGGAGCGUAUUCAUGUGGGCAAAAAAUACGGUGAUAUUCCUCGAGGGAUUUUUGUGGUCAGAGGAGAAAAUGUGGUCCUACUAGGAGAAAUAGACUUGGAAAAGGAGAGUGACACACCCCUCCAGCAAGUAUCCAUUGAAGAAAUUCUAGAAGAGCAAAGGGUGGAACAGCAGACCAAGCUGGAAGCAGAGAAGUUGAAAGUGCAGGCCCUGAAGGACCGAGGUCUUUCCAUUCCUCGAGCAGAUACUCUUGAUGAGUACUAAGUCUUUUGCCCAGAGGCUGUUGGCUCUUGAAGAGUAGGGGCUGUCGCUGAGUGAAAGUGACAUCCUGGCCACCUCACGCAUUUGAUCAGAGACUGUAGAGUUUUGAAAAGUCACUUUUAUUUUUAAUUAUUUUACAUAUGCAACAUGAAGAAAUCGUGUAGGUGGGUUUUUUUUUAAAAAAAAUAACAAAAUCACUGUUUAAAGAAACAGUGGCAUGGACUCCUUCACACGUCACUGUGGCACCAGCAACUACUUCUUUAUAUUGUUCUUCGUAUCCCAAAUUAGAGUUUACAGGGACAGUCUUCAUUUACUUGUAAAUAAAAUAUGAAUCUCAAAA